AAUACAGUAUGUAAGCCUUACCGAAUAUUGUUAAUUGUAAGUCUUUUAUAAAGAUGAUUUUUAAGUCUUUUAAAUUUAUGUUUGUAAUUUUUUAAUUUUAUUGUUCUAAGCGUAUUUCUUCAUGGUAAUGUAUUCAAUGGAGAAAAGACCAGAUUUAGUUUUGGAUGCUGAACCCGCCGAAAAAUGGACAAUAUAUUCAAGUUCACAAAAUUUGGCCUCAGUAUUAAAUGACCCAUCUUUACCUCGAUCUGAUAUUUUAACCAAAGAUUGGGGCACUGGAUUUAUUGAGAGUGUGCCAAUUACUCCUAUUCAUUCACCACCGACGCAAAAUGAUCUCACCCUUCUUGAAACAUAUCGUAAACGUGUGCAUCGACGCGAAGAGAAAAUUGCUGCCACUAAAAGAUUAUCUAUAUCUGAGAAUUUAGAUAGCUUCGAUGGCAAAUCUAAGGAUCUUCACGAAAUUGUACCUCGUUUGUUUUUGCGAUCAGAUUUCAGUUUGGAAAAUGUUAAUACGUUUACAGCACUUCUGUCUGAUUCUAAAGGAGUUUUAGCUGCUAACAAUUCGUCGGCUUCUUCACCAGCCUCAUUUAAAGAAUCAAUCAAACAAAUUUCACGUAACCUUACAGAUUACCUGGACGUCGUGGAAGAAAAUUUAUCUCGUCAAAUUGCUCUAAGAUUCAGGGAAUUUUUCCAUAUAAUGAAUGCAAUCGACUCGGUAAUGGAAAAUCUAUCUAAAACAAUCAAACAAGUUACCCUUUUACGUGGUAAAUGUCAUCAAUUAGAGGCUACUUUUGUGAAACCUAAUUUGGAAAACAUCAGACUACAUUGGGCACGUCAAAAUGCUCUUAAAGUUCUCGACAAAAUGCAGUUAAUGUCAACUAUCAAUCAAACUCAACCGUCUAUACAAUUACUUCUUUCCAAUUCUGAUUUUGCUGGCUCACUUGAUCUCAUCUCAUCAACUCAAGAUUUAUUCCUUCAAGAACUUUUAGGUCUUCACUGCUUCCGUCAUUUAGAAUCUCAGUUAAAUGAGAUAAGAGAAAUUAUCUCAAAAAUGAUGAAAGAAGAGUUCAUUAAAUUCAUCGAUGCCUUUUGUAACCAACCUGUAACACCUUCAAUUGAAAUAGCUGAUGGUAACAUCAUUAUAACCAAGAAGCAACAAAUACCUGGAUCUGAAAGGCUUGAAGCACUUGUCAUGGGAAUGUUGAAGAACAAUUGUUUUAGUUUUAUUGAUGAUUUCAACAAAGAGGCUCGAAUGGCUAUCAAAGCCCUGGUAAAGCAAACUGUUAUCGAGAUGUUAUCCCAAGAAGAUGAUAUAGACAUCGACUGUAAAGAAGAGACUAGUCUAUUUGAGAAGCUGCGCUCAAUCGCGCCUUCGAAAUGGUUGAAGCUGUUAUCCAUUGUAUUCGCUAAUCUUAACCUUUUACUCGACAGAAUGGAAUUGAUUCAAAUAUUGAUGUUAAAUGUUGUACAAGAAGCUGUAGACAAACGAAAUGAAGAGACAAAGAAAUUACAAGAACAAUCAACGCAAAUAUUAGCUGAUAAAGACCAUCACAAAUUAAGCCUAACAAUCCAAGAAUCUUUGGUUGCAAUUUGUGAAGAUGCUCAUCUUGCAUGCAAAGAUUUAAUUAGAUAUAAAGCAAAUGAUGGCUCCUUGGACAAAUUGACAUCAGCCGAAUUUCUUGAACUAUCUAAAGUAAUAGAUAAAUUCACUGGUGAAUGUGAAACUCGCUGUGGAAGGAGAAGUGAUAUUUUAGAAGCUGUCCUCAAAAAUCAAGCUAUUAGAUUCACAAACCGAUUUCACGAAGAAAGAAAACGGAAAUUGAAUUCAGUAUUAACCGUUGAACAGUGGAAAUCUUUAGACCCAGUUCCGAUUGAACUACAAGAAAUGGUUAAUCAAUUUGUUGAAGAAAGACUCGGUUCUCGCAACCUUAAAAAGACUGAAACCAAAGAAGGACCAGCUGAAGAAGCAUCAUCUUUAUCAACAGCCCAAUCGUCUAUCGCAACCACAUCAAUUUCGCCCAAGAGUUACGUUACUUUAAAUGGUGAAAAUUAUGUUAUUGUCAGCUCAAUGAAAACAUUAAUUACUAUGAUUUUGGAAUAUUGUCAAUGUUGCAGUGAAAUACCUUCUUUAUCCUUCGAACUCUUAAACCGCCUAUUAGAUUUAAUUGGUCAUUUCAAUUUACGAACUUGUCAUCUAGUCUUAGAAGGAGGAGCUACAACAGAAGCUGGACUUAAAAAUAUCAACGUUCGAAAUUUAUUCCUCUCUCAGCGAUGUCUUCAAUUAGUUACUUCUCUAUUGCCUUACCUUGCAUCUUAUUUCUGUGAUUUAAUUCCCACCAAAAGCCGUCAAAUAACAAAAAGCUUUGAUGAAGUUGAACGAUCAUACAACGAACACAUUCAAAAAAUACCUGAAAAAGUAAUUUCGAUGGUCAACGACUUUAUGGUUCUAUAUCUUUCUAAAUGGGAAGCUAGACCUCCGGUUCCAUCUCAGCCAUUCCAAACAAUCUCUCAACAUUUAAUGAGAUUACACGAAAAUGUUCAAGAUGUUAUACCUGUUGGAAAUUUAUCCAGUUUCUUUAUCAAAUUACAUGAGUUAUUCAAAGAAGUCUUGCGAGCACAACUAACUCGUCUUAAAAUUGCCAAUGAUGGUGGUCCUCAACACGGAUUGGUAACUCAAGAAUUAACCUUCUAUGUAAUAAGUCUGAAUAAUCUUAGUAUCGGUAAAAGAGUUAAAUUUUCUAUUGAUGAUUUAUGGUUAAAAAUGACAUAAAAUAUUGAGUAUUUUAAAAAUUAAUAAAAUAAAUAUGUAUGUUAUAAUAAAAACUUUGUAAUUUCAAUUUA